AAAACACAAACAAUUUCGCAACGGAGUGAAUCGCUUGUUUUUCCGAGUUUUCCGCGAUCGCGAAGUGCGCGUUAGUGUUAAUCGCUGUCCGAAAUCCCGUUAAGCUGGAGAAGUGGAAGAGAACGCGCAAUUCCACCAAGAAGAUGGAUGGGCGAGGGGCUGCUGGCGGUGGCGGCGGGGGUGGCGCUGCCACAGGGGGAGGAUCCACCAACAACAAAUCAGCUGCUGGAAAUAGCGCCGCCACUGGAAAUGCCGAUGCAGCUGCCGCCUCAGCGGCGCCCGUUGAUAAGCCAACGAUUCUGGAAGGGGUUCUCCACAACAUCUUCGAUGGACUGAUGGACAAGGAGGAGCAGGUGCGGAUUGCCAUGCAGCAGGCGAUCGUGAAGAUCCUGGAGUCACAUCCGGAACGAGCUGCGGAGUUCCUCAGCGAGCACCGAUCGCAGCAGCCCAAGAUGAACGAUCAAACAGUGGCCAUGUUGUUGGACUGCAUUCGUCGCGUGGUGGGUGCGGAAACUCCUCUGCCGCCGGCUGCCAAUCAGAAACUUAUUGCUUUGGCGCUGCAGGAACUCACCAGGAAUCCCGAGCACGUGCCCCUUCUACAGAAUCCCGCGCAGCGCAUCCUGGUGGCCAUCGGACGCAGCAGCCCGGAGAGUUGUGAACAGGUGAUGGAGGCGCUCCAGGAGAAGGGAACAAGUACAGAAGGUGUGGCCCACUUUAUGCUGAUGCAGUGCCUCGGUUUGCUGGCCACCGAGAAUCCGGCAGGGGUGGUGCCCCACAUAAAGGCCAUAUUGAGCCGGAGCCAGCCGCAUCUCGUCGGAAUACGGCAGGAUCACAUCAAGCAGGCACAUGCCUAUGCCAUCGGUAGAUUCAGCGAGGCUCUACUGGAGGAGAGCGGCAAGAAGGAGGAGGAGAACUGCUCCACGGAGAUCAGUGUGGCCUACGAUGUGCUCUUCAAUCACUGGCUGCACUCCCGGGAGCCAAAGGUUUGCGUGGAGAUACUACAGGCUCUGUCCAGCAUGUAUCCCCUGCUGCCCAAGGAUCGGAUUCAGGAUCAGGCCGCCCGUUUGGUCCCCCAGAUCCUGGCCCUAUACCGACGCAGUGUGGACAGGAAUGCCGUGACACAGUUCCUCUGCUCCGUGUUGAAAACAAAUCUGGCCCUGAAUGCCACAGUCUUGGAUGGCAUAAUCGACGUCUUGAUCACCCAUUUGUUCGACCUGGUCUGCGUUUAUCCGGACUAUGAGAAACCGCAGACAGUGAAGGGUCACUACGAGGUGCUGCGUUGUUUCCACCUCCUGGCUGGUCAUCAUCCCUACUCCACCCGCAUUAUGGACACCCUGUUGAUCCAUCUGCGAAACAAUAGCGAACGUGAGAGGAUGAAAUCCCUGCUGAUACUCACUCAUCUGCUCAACUCAUGUGCGGCGAAUAUCGAAAACCGGAUUCCAGCGACCAUUGAGUGCCUGAAGCAGCUGAUACUCGGUGAAAAGGGGAUCAAAAUGAAGCUAACGCUGCUGAAAACCAUUGUGGCUCUCGCCCAAAAGUCCCACAUACGGGACAAGGAGUUUGUGUGGUUCGUGGUGAGGCACAGCUGCCGAUACUCCAAGCCGAGCCAGGAGCACGGAAGCCAGGAGGAGCACGCCAAUCUGGUGCUGAGCUGUGAGAACACCCUGUACAUGCUGGCCUCCACGGUGGGCACCUUGGAUGAGCUGCUCAAGAGGGAGCUGCUAAACUACUUGAUCCUCCUGGACUACACGGAUAUUUGCGGGAAUCUCGCCAAGUGCCUGGCCAGUUUGUUUGCCAAAUCACCUCAUAUAGAAUACGAUAUUGCGGGAGACGAUGCCGCCACCGAGCAGUCCACACCGGAGAGCGUGGGUGCUGUUGGCGAGGAUCGCAGUGUGAUCAAACGCGGAAAGGUUAUGGUCCCCGGAGCCGAGACGAUUUACGCAAGAUGUCUGGCACUUCUGGGCAAUCAGCAGUGCAUCAAACGAUGCUCGAAUAUUCUGAGUUUUCUGCGCUACUACCAUCCUCAGGUGAAUCCCGCCCUGGAGGAACUGUGGGAGCGAAGGAUACCCGAUCUUCUGCUGCAAAUCAACAGGGAGAGUGCCUACCGGCAGCUACUCCACGAUUUUUUGUUGGAAACUAACGAAUUCUUGGGCGGAUUGGAUGAGAACUUUGCCCAGCGAUUGGCCAGUAAGCUGGCGGACCAGAUGUACUUGUACCCCAUGCAACUGCCCCACUCCGAGUGGCAAUUGCCCGACCUCAGUGCCGAGCGAGGCAUGCUCCUCCAGGCGGUGGCCCUCACGCUGCUCCAGGUGACCGACGUGGCCUGCAUUCACACCAAGAUCGAUCUCAUUGUAACGACUGCCAGGCAGGAACGUUUGGACAAGCAUGUCAAGCACGCGGACUACGAAAAGCGCAUUGAACCCUGUGCCAGAGCCUUGGGCUACAUUUCCCGCCAGCACUUGGGGCAUCUGAUCAAAAAGCUAACCGAACUGGCCCAAAUCGGUGGGCGAAAGCACUCCACCGGUUUCUUUAGCAACCUGCACUUCAUCAAGGAUACGCACAAGGAGCUGGAGAACUACAAGAGCAACCUGCUGGUGGUCAAGGCCUUUGGUCGCAUCAUGGACGAAGCCGAUCCGUUGCAGUCCAUACAGCACCUAGACGAGGAUGAUACCUUGCUGGGCUUCCUCAUCCAACAGCUGGCCGUGCACAAGGACCAAACAAUCAUGUCGGCUAUUCUGCAGACACUGCUCAGCAUCUGCAACCAGUUGAUAGCCACCAAAGAGCAGCUGCCGGCACCUCUGCGUCACCGCAAGCAGAUCAUGGAGACGGUCUUCAACAUUCCCAUCGAGGCGCCCUUCCACGACCUUCCCCUUCUUCCCACGAUCCUCAAACUGGGCACGGACUUCAUACGGAUAGGUGGUCCCGAUACCGAGGACUGUGUGGACGGCGGUGUGAUCUUCGAGAUCGCGUGCCGCAACUUCUUCGGCUGUGCCCAGCAGCUAAAGAUGAAGUUCGACUCGCAGGAGGAGGAUGAGCGCAACAGCUUCCUGGCCAAGCACCUCAACGAAUCGCUGCCGCAGUUGAAUGCCCUGGUGAGGGCCAUCGUUGAACUGGACGCCUCGCCGGCCACGCUGGAUCUGAUCAUUAGCAUCCUAGAGGGCUGGACAAGGGAUCGCAACUCCGAGGUGCGCAUCUGUGCCAGCCACGUCUUCAACAACACCCUUGACGUCUACAUCAAGUCCAUGAAAAUUGGCUGUGAAGCCCCGUCGAAGUUCAAUCAGACUGGUCAGAUGCUGGGCAAGAUUGUGCCCAGGUGCAUCGAUUCGAAUGGCACGGUACGCCAGGUGUCCGUCGAGAUCCUGCAGAAGACGCUAGAGAUCGCCUGCAUCUACGAAACCUUGACGAUAGCCAGCAUCGAUAGCACUGCCGACUGGUUGAAGGAGAUCGAGGCCAUCAAGGAGCACAUCAUCACUGACGAGCCCAAGCAGAUCUACAAUCUGGCCGGCGACAUUGCCAAGAUUAUUGCACUGCGCAUCUCCAGCUUUCAGUACCUGCAGUUCUGCAAAACUCUGCUUCAUUCGCUGCGUGAUCCUGAGCAGAGUUCCACCAUAGGCGCCAGUGUUGUACUAAAGUUCUUCAUUCAGCAGAAGGGUUCUGAGCUGUUCCACGCCAUUCCCGACCUGGUUCGCGACAGUUUGCUGGCCUUGCAGGUGUGCGAGGUGCCCAGGGCGAAGUCUGGAGUGCUCAAAGCUCUGGUGGCCCUCACCAAGCACCAUCCCAAGUUGGUGUGUGCCGAAAUGCUGUCGCAGCCGCUACCAUACGACCCAAAUCUGGUGGAGUACUGGCACCUGGUGUGCAACGACCCGGAGUUGACGGGCCUCACGCUGGACAACUUCCUUCAGCUGCUAAGUGGUGCUUCCCUUCAGGAAGGCGGUCAGGAGGCGUCCCUUUCCGAACGCCAGAAAUUAGCCAGCGGACAGCCGUUUGCCAUUUUCUGCGCCCUGCACGAGAUGCUGCCCUGCAAGGACAUCAAGGGGCAACUGGAGGCACGGUUUGCGGACAUGUUUUGCAUGCUACUCACUUCGCUGAGCAGCUACACCAACUUAGCCGCACCAAAUCCCGUGCAUAAUGUCUCUCUAAGUCCCAACCAGACGCAAUCCAGCAAAACCAAGUUCGGCUUCGUGCCCAACAAGGACCUGGUCAAGCUCAAUCCCUGCCAAAUAGCACUGGAAACGUUCCAGGCCUUUCUGACCAACCUAGAAAUGGAGCAGAUUGCCAGCGUGCUGACUGUAAAUACCCAACUGGCGAGCAGCGCGGACUGGCACAACUACAUCGAAUUGCUGACACCCAUGGCCAUCGGCCUGGGUCAGCAGCUGCACCUGGGAAGUCCGCAGAUGAGGCAACUGGUUAAUUCGCUGAGCAAAUAUGUGGCUUCACCAUACGAUGGUCAAAGAGUGGCCGCCGUGGGUCUUUUCUCCCGAUUGGUGCCACUGAAACCCACCGGUGAGCUAGCUGGAUCCAUAUUGCUUCACCUCGGAGCCGCACUGUCCGAUCCCAAUGCGGUGGUGCGUGGUCUCAGCAUCCAGGGCAUGGGUUACGUGGGCCAGUUGGGAGAAAAGGAGGCGAAGCGCUACUCGGAAAGUGCCAUUGGUGCGCUGUUAAAGGGAGUCGACGACCCGGUGGGCGAUUGUCUAAUCAACAUUCCGCUGGAGAGCAUGCGUGGCCUGUCUGGAAUUCUGCGAGCUUUGCCUAGCGAGCGGGUGGAGUCCUUCCACGUCUCCCUCGCCAUCCGGAUUCGACCGUUUCUGGGCAACUAUGCGCUGGAGAUGCGAGAGGCAGCGAUCCAACUGUUUGGCGACAUAUGCGAGAGCAAGCACGAUGAUGGGAGCAGUUCACCCACUUCCUCAAUGGAGGCAUUGAGGGAGCAGCUCAUCGCCAAUCUCUUCCCGCUGCUUCUGCAUCUCAGCGAGAGCGAGGUGGCUAUUGCCUCGGCUUGUCGUGGAACACUGCAGCGGGUCUGUCGUCUCCUGACUGCUCCAAAGGUUGUGGAGAUGGCGGAACAGCAGUUGGGCGAGGAGCGAGGUCACCAGCUCAACUACAGCAGCUUUGUGCUGGAAUUUGUCAAGACAAUAGCACUGGAGCUGACGGAUCACAUUCAGGACUUCAUCGAUUCGUGCUUGCCGCAGUUGCGAAGUCAGUGGCCCGAGGUGCGAGGCAGUGCGGCCAUCGUAAUUGGCAUCCUGCACAACUUCCUCAGCGAGAGAAACGUCCAAACGGAGACUGUGGCCAGCAAGAUUGCCGUGCUGCUCAAGGACGAACAGGCGCUGGUGCGGAUGCGGGCAGCCACCGCCCUGGGUUACUUUUUUGGGGACAUCUAGAACAUCCAGCGGACCAACUCGAUUAGAUAGAUGUGCAACUUUGUUGUGUGUGUGUUUGUAAAUUAUGACUUAGUAUUGCUCCAAGUGUGAUCCCUUUGCCUCAGCAAUCGUUUCCAUAUUAUGUUUGAUAUUUAACUCUUUGUUUUGUUAUGUAAUCGAAAGUCACGUUAUAUACUAUCUGUAUACACAUAGCAUUAUUUAUAUAUUUAUAUCCAAGUUUGUGCGGAGCGUUUUGCAUCAUUAAGGAUGUUGAAUGUUAUAGGAACUCGUAUUCGAUAGAAGACUUUGUUACGGACAAUAAUUACUUCAAUAUACUGAGUCUAUUCAAAA